GGUGAAGAACAUAAAAUUCUGCUAACCCUUCUCGGUGUGUUCCGUACCGCCCGUCGUAACGUCGAAACCCUUUCAGCCAGUUCGCUAGCGCACAAUCGAAGCGAAAGUUCUGUGCAGAAAGAGUGUGAGCAGUGAGAGUGCCGCGCACGAAAGAAUCAUAGCAAUCCGCGCCCGUUUAUGACAAAGAACGCCGAUAUGUCUACAGCUGUGCCACCGCCGGCCGUCUGGGCCCAACGGAGCGACGUAAUCUUCCUGACACUGAACGUAGAGUGCAGUGAGCCGGUAUACAAAUUCACCGAGAACACGAUGGUGUUCAGCGGUGUCGGCAUGCCGGAAGGCAAGAAGUACGAGCUAAACGUCGAGUUUUACAGCAAAAUCAACCCAGAAAAGGUGGCAACCAAAAACAUCAAGCGUUGCAUCGAGUUUGUGAUUGCCAAAGCCGAGCCGGAGGAAACGUACUGGCCGCGACUGUUGAAGGAGAAAACGAAGCCGCACUGGCUCAAGGUGGACUUCAAUCGAUGGGAAGACGAAGGUUCCGGUGACGAUGAAGGCGCCGACAAGAUGGACCUGAUGGAAAUGCUGGGCAAUAGCCAAAACCAAAACAAACUGGCUUUCGACGACUUGAGUGACGAGCAGGAAGACUCGGACGACGAGAGCAUUCCAGGGCUGACGGAUUCCUAAGCAUGUUGCUGUAGGUUACCGCCAAUGAUACUGUUGACGGUCGUCGUCGUGUACCCGCCGCCCCACUCGAUUCCACCAUUAGCUGCUGUCGUGCGUUGUGAAUAAGGAAAACAAAUUGGACAAAUCACUCCCCAUGCGCCAAGGGUUUCAAAAGCCAUUUAUUUUGUGCAUCGUGUGCCAUCGUCGUGCUUGCGGUCGACAGUGGCGAUGUCACGAAAAUUACUCGCUCACGGGACAAUUCCUCGAACAAGGCAGGUGUGGGGUGCAAAGGAAUACUUGAUGGCAAGGUGACCGGCAACAGGACAAAACAGAACAAACAUUUAAAAUCAAUAAAAACUAUGGCACUUCUCUCCUACUGGACAACGGUGAAGGGAUGAAGGAACGGAGGGAUAGGCAGAUGGAGCGCGCGAGAAAGAGGCAGCGGGAGAGAAAGACCAUACAAUAAUAUAGAAUAUCCUUAAACAACACAAGUCACAAAACUCGAGUGCAAGUCAACAGAAAAACAAAUGGAAAUACAACCAAAUGGAGUUUUGGAAUGAAAGACACAAACGACAUUCGGCCAACUACACUUUUUUAAGCCUUCAUUU